AAAUAUCAGAAGAAGAAGAUUCGUUUCACCGCGCUCUCUGUUGUUUUGUCGUAAUGCUGGUUUAAUACAAACGGUUAGAAAUAUUGUUUCUGUAAAUAGAAAAAUACAGUUUUAGAAAUCAACAAAUACCUGUGAUAUUUUCAUCCUCACAGUCUUUAAGAUUUGAAGCAGGCAGGAAUAUUUUGAGGAGUAUCAUCUGAACUGAGAUCUGCUGCUGUGAAGAUGGAGUUUAAAGAGGAGCGUGAAGAGAACACGAGUGAACCAGAAACCUGCAGAAUAAAACACGAGGAACCAGAAACCUGGAGAAUAAAACACGAGGAACCAGAAACCUGGAGAAUAAAACACGAGGAACCAGAAACCUGGAGAAUAAAACACGAGGAACCAGAAACCUGGAGAAUAAAACACGAGGAACCAGAAACCUGGAGAAUAAAACACGAGGAACCAGAAACCUGGAGAAUAAAACACGAGGAACCAGAAACCUGGAGAAUAAAACACGAGGAACCAGAAACCUGGAGAAUAAAACAAGAGGAACCAGAACCCUGGAGAAUAAAACACGAGGAACCAGAAACCUGGAGAAUAAAACACGAGGAACCAGAAACCAGGAGAAUAAAACACGAGGAACAUGGAGGGCCAGCUAUGGCUACAUCUUCAAAUACCCCCCUCCCACAAGAUGAUGGUCUGUGGAUGUUUCUUCAGAGCCGAGGGAUUCCUGAGGAAAAUAUACAGAAAAUGCAGCAAGAUCAUAUUGACAGCUCGGUAGUUGGAGAAAUAGAUGAUGCCACUAUGAAUGCUUACAUUCCAGCAUAUGGUGAUAGGAUUGCUACAAGGCGUUUCUGUAUGGAAAAACAGAGAAAAGGUGGAGAUGAUCUAAAAAGACUGUCCUUAUUUGAAAAACUUAGAAGAAAGAUGGGCACAUUGACAAGCAAUAAAGACACAGAUCAAGAUUUUGAGGAGGAGCAUUCUAUGCAGCCAACAAAGAUGCAUCUGAGAAAUAACAAAAGGGCCAUGAAGAUGACAAGGAAAAUAGAACUAGGAUGGAUACACAACAAGAAACAAGUGAGAAAACGCAAUGGUGGAGGAACCAGAGUUCUUGAUAUUUCCAAGAAAGCCACAAAAACAGAGAUUCUAUCACAAGCUAAAAAGCUAUUUUUCCCCAAUGAGAAAUCGAGAAAGGGAAAGUGGGAAGAGUUCAGUCACAGCAUUGUUGACUUUCAGGAAGCAUACCUUGAUGAGGGUGUUAGUGUGGGAGAGCUCUAUGAAACACAAAAAUUGGGGAUUUUAAGAUUUUACUUGUUCACAGAGCACCUGACAAAUGGAGAUGAAGUAUUCACAGAGACGACAGAAGGAACUGAUGAACAGACAGAUGCAGCGAGUGUAAAUGAGCGACAGAAAAACACAACAGAAGAUAAUAAGCAGAUGACACAAAAACCACAUGACAGUGAACAGCAGACACACACUGUGGAAGCUUUUGUCUCUACUGCUGUAGAGAUUGUUGAUCUUACAUCUUUGUGUGAUACAUCGGAGGUCAUUUUUGGCCCUUUGCAAGGUGGACCAUUUUUAGAAGAUCUUGAUGACACAAUCUUACAUGAGCCUAUAGAAGAGGCCCAGAUAAACAUCGACGCCAAUAGCUCAACUACUGUCCAUUCUGACACCGUGUCUGCUGGCCCAUUAAGUCCUCCUUAUGAACUGUUGCAUGUGACAGUGAAACUCCACAGAGUCAAUCUCUUGGAGGAACUGAUUAUCCAAUUCAAGGAUGAAGCGAUGAUGUCCUACACUGUGAAAUACAGCUUCAUUCAUGAAAUGGGGGCAGAUGCUGAUGGCGUGUCCAGGGGUGUAUAUGCUGCCUUCUGGACAGAGUUUUUAGACUGUGCAGCAGAGGGUGCAGAUGUGAGGGUGCCAUCACUAUCCCCAAAAUGGCAAGAGGAAGAAUGGAAAUCUGUUGGUAGGAUAAUGGUCAAGGGAUUAAAGGACCAUGGAUAUUUUCCUUCUCGGCUGGCUCAAGCUUUUACAGCAGCAAUCACAUUUGGUGAACACACUGUCUCACCUGAUUUAUUGUUUGACUCACUAAUGUUGUAUCUUAGUCAGUCUGAGCGCGAUCUCUUGUCCACUGCUUUGCAAGACGCCCUUGAUGGUGAUGAUAAAGAUGAACUUCUUGAUCUUAUGGAUCGCAUGGGAGUAAGAACAGUACCAACACAAGAGAACUUGAAAGCUGUACUUCUCCAAGUUGCCCACAAGCAAAUAAUCCAGCAACCAAAAUAUGCACUGGAUAACAUUGCAGCAGUCGCAGGACCAACUCUCAGGGAAUUCUUCCCCAGUGUGCUGGAUAUGCAGAAGAUGUAUGAGGAUCUUAAACCAUCAACCCGAAAGGUAUUAAGGUUGAUCACGGCCUCUCCAGCUACUCCAGCUGAGAACCAAAGUUUGCGAUUUUUACAUCAAUACAUCAGGGGACUGGAUGAGAUAGGCCUCCGGAAGAUGUUGAGAUUCGUGACAGGGUCUGAUGUCAUCUGCGUUAAAGACAUUCAAGUCAUAUUCACCCCUUUGGAAGGGUUAUCAAGGCGGCCUAUUGCACAUACUUGUGGCCCAACUUUAGAGCUGCCAUCAACUUACAACAGCUAUCCUGACCUCCGAGCUGAAAUGGAGGCUAUACUGUCCAGCAACUUCUAUGCAAUGGACAUUGCAUAGUGUCUCACUCACUCACAUGUACAGUACACACUCUUCCCUCUUGCCCAGUUAUAGCCUUAUCAGUGCCAUCUGUUGACCUUUAUAUAGUGUGUAAAUGUGAGACAGAGCGCAUAGGGGAAGUAUUUAACUUAGGUGGUGCAUUAUGAGCGCAGGGUGAUUUAUUUUUUAUUUUAUGUUUUUCUUCAGUUUUAUCCAGAAUGUCAUUACCAAACUUACUGUGGAAACAUGUUUACUGGCUGAAGAACAUUUUGUUGAUGGACUGCGAAUAUAUCCAGCCCAUAGAAACAUUUACACAUGGUAACAAGAAACAAUAAUCAGUUUGAUUUAAUGAUAAUGAUACAGGACCAUUUAGGUUGCCCUGUUUGCAGUGGGCCCAAAGUGUGUCAAAUCACAUUUGGUCAUGCUGAAUAGUUCCACCAUAAGAAAAAAAUUGCCAUUUUGACAAUGGCAACAUGUUUUGCAACGUUUCAUAUGCAGUUGCUGUUAUUACCAGACUUAAACUGUCUGUAGAAACAUCGACUGGCUGAACAUUUUGUUAAUAUACUUUUAAGGUCCACUUAACCAAAAAACAAUUAUAAGCAUUUUACACAAUGUAUGUUAUAAAUGCAUGUGGAUACAUUUUCAUUUUUAAGUGAUUUAGAUACAUGUUCCAAUAUUUUAAAUGUACUUUUAUGUAAGCCAUCAUUUCUGUUAGCAGUUUAGGAGCAUACUUUUUGGGACAAUUUAAAAGAAAUUUUCUUGUAAAGUUGCAUUUUCAUUGAGAAAUUAUAAUUAACUUGGACCCUGAGGUAAUGUCAGCUUAUGUUAAAUCUUAUUAUUGGCAGUGUUUGGCAAUCUGUUCUAACAUACAGCACUGUACAUUAGAAGGUGUUCUGCUUUUUACAAAUAAAAAGCACAGGUUUCUCUCUUGUUUUGUACGGAUGUUUUCAAACAAAUCAAGUCUUUACUGCAGAUAACACACAUGGAUCUUGUCACACACAGUAGAAUUACUGAGUUUUGACAACUGCACUGCAGUUCCUGCAUUCACCAGCACUCUUUAGACAACAUAUUUAAACAGUCAUCUCUACAUUACCAAAUUUACCAAAUAGGCCUAUUUCCUACAUGCACAGUAAAUCACACAGGGGGGAAAAUGUUGCACUGCACUGGUUUAUUUAUAUGAUGCCAAAUAAUUGUGUAAAAAAAAAAGUGCUUUAUGUGCAGCCCAGAGACACAUGAUUACAAGAUACAAUCAUAUAUUUGAUUUAAAGGCGAUCCAAACAUCAUGUAGGUUGCCCUGUUUACUAUGAGCCCAAAGUGUGUCAGACCACAUCUGGUGAUACGAAAUAGUUCCACCAUAAGGACAAAUGUGCCAUUUUUGACAAUGGCAACAUGUGAUACUUUUCAUUUGCAGGUACAGGAUUGUUCCCAGUUCUGUGGUUGAGAUGUACUUUUUACAUAAUGAUGAAUAAAAAAAGAGAUGGUAUGGAGCUCAGUUGGGAGAUGUCAAUUAUAAAAGAGUUUAUUAUUGAUUGCUUAAACAUAGUACUUCUGUCAAACAUUUACAGUGAAUGUCAUGGUAUAUAACCUUUUCCGUCCAAACUGCAAAUCUGUUUUUUUUCUUUUGGCUAUGAGAAGGUGCUCACAUUCAGUCAUUUGAUCCAGUAGAACAACUUUUUAAAUUUGGGUACGUAUGUAAGCACGUAAGAACAUGUAAAGAUCAAUGGCUUCCUCUGGAGAGGUUGGUGGAUGAAGACUGUUUUCUGCCAUGGCAAGGCAACAAAUGUCAAACACUAUAUUAUCACAAGGAUAUGGUCCUCUCUCCCGACAUUCCUCCCUACAAGCCUGUAUAU